UUGAUGUGGUGUAAACUGUCUGCAGCUGUGGGAUGGCGGUAAACGUUUACUCCACAUCGAUGACCAUCGAGAACCUGAGCAGACAUGACAUGCUGGCCUGGGUCAACGACUCUCUGCAGCUCACCUACACCAAGAUCGAGCAGCUGUGCUCAGGUGCGGCGUACUGUCAUUUCAUGGACAUGCUGUUCCCCGGCUGUAUCCUGCUGAAGAGAGUGAAGUUCCAGGCCAAACUGGAGCACGAGUUCAUCCACAACUUCAAAGUGCUGCAGACGGCCUUCAAGCGGAUGAGCGUGGACAAGAUCAUUCCCGUGGAGCGGCUCGUCAAGGGCAAGUUUCAGGACAACUUCGAGUUCCUUCAGUGGUUUAAGAAGUUCUUCGACGCCAACUACGACGGGAAGGAGUACGACCCUCAGUUAGCGCGACAGGGCCACGACAACACACCGCCGCCGCCCAAUCCAGGUGAUGUCACUUUCCACAAAAACAAGAGCCCUCAGAGCACACCAGGACCCCAGCGGACGUCACCGACGACACCCAAAAUUAUGCCCGCCCCCCAGCGCGCCAUAAGCUCCACCCCCUCCACCGGAACACGGCGGAACAUACCAAUGUCACGGAACGGAGGUGGCGACGCCGAGAUCAUGGAGCUCAACCAGCAGCUGAUGGACCUGAAGCUGACAGUCGACGGUUUGGAGAAAGAGAGAGACUUUUACUUCGGCAAACUCCGAGACAUCGAGCUGAUCUGUCAGGAGAACGAGUGCGACAGCAGCCCCGUCCUCAGCAAAAUCAUGGAGGUCCUCUACACCACAGAGGAUGGUUUCGCGCCUCCGGAGGACGAUGAGAUCGACGAUCAGCCACGGGACCAGGAUGAAUACUGAUCCUCCUCAUCCUCACUCUCUCUCUCAUCAUCGCAUCCUCCUUUCUUUCUCUCCCUCUCUUUCACUCCAUCCCCCACAAGCAGUCACUAGGGGCGUGGUCUAAUAGGCUAAUAGAGUGAAUGGGGGCGUGUCUAUGCUUAUGAGGUCUGAAUUGAUGCAGUGAAGCUGUGGGUUUAAUGAAGAGUCCAGACUCGAUGAUGAUGAUGAUGCGGUGACACUUUCUCUCACACACACACACACACACACACACACACACACUGUAUAGUGACACACACAUCCAAGGUUAUCAACUAACAUAUUUUUGAUUUGGGCUCAUGGGCUCCAAUCAGCUAAUUUAUUAGAGAGCUUGACGCUUAUGUCAUUUUUUAUUUUAUUUUUUUUUUAUUUGAAUGAUCUUUAGAGGGGUUUUACUGUAGCUGCAGUGAAAGAAGUGCACACUAAGGAUCGAAUCCCAGACAAAGCGCAGUUUAAAUCAACAUGAAGCCUGUUUACUUUCUUAUUCCGUGUUCCUGAUCAUCAUACAUUCACUGUCAGACCAGAAACACGUGUUAGGACGGUAAAUUGAGCCUUCAUGCUGACUUUAGAGAGUUUGUGUGUGUUUAAAUCAUUAUUGAUAGCGCAGGUGUGAGAGUUUUAUUUAUUUAUGAAGCAAACCGUCAAACGGCAUGAAUACAAACAGCUAACAUUGAACGAAAAAUUCUAUAAAUUCGUUUGAAGAAGAAAAGAGACGUGGCCAUUACUAACGGUUAAACGACUGACGAUACGAAGCUGCUAUAUUUUAGUUUAACAUUUCUUUUUUUAUUUGAUUGACAGGUCGGUUUUGAUUGACAGGCCUGUGUCAUUAACCCUUUCAUGGCAACCAUUUGCAAACAUGCAUCCAUUUGGAGUUUUACUAUGUAAAAUAAAAAUGUGUGCGGGGAAUGAAGGAUGUGUGUUUGCUGGUUUAUUCACAUUAUAUAGACAUCAGACACUAAUAAAUCAUAUAAUAUAUAAACAUAUCACAUGUAAUGAAGUUUUAAAGGGUUACAGUGAUGGAUUUGAGAUUUAUUGUGUGUGUGUGUGUGUGCAUACUGUGUAUAUAUAUAUAAAACUCAUACAAAUGAGUCAUACAUACGAGUAAAAAAAAUAUAUAGUCAAAUAAAAUAGAUAAAAAUA